AUGCGCGUGAUGCCGGCUCCGGCGGCGUCGCGGCGGUCCAGUCGCAGCCGCCGGCGCUCAUCGGUAGCGCGAACUCCAAGUCGGUUGACAACGCUGUUGCUUCGUCAACGUGCCCGUGCGGGUUCAUCCGAACGCCUGCUGAACGAAAACCACAAUGCAUUCGACCCGAGUUCCCGUUUCAUCCGGAUCUGCCAACAGCUUCGACUUGCUGCGAUUCUUUUUGAACUUGUGGCAAUUCCAUUCCUACCAGCUUUCCAUCCAGAGACCUCGCGAUCUCAACUCAUCGGUAUCUACGCAUGUGAACUACUAUUCUGUGCGGAUAUCUACGUUCAGCUCAACACAGGUUACUACGAGAACGGAAAUGUAUUACGCGAUGCCAAGAAGGCACGACGAAAGUAUCUCUCAUCACCAGCUUUUGCAGCGGAUUUAUUGGCCCUCAUCCCGUUGUCGCUCUUAUUACCAACUAGUACAACCGGAUCACGUUCGAUUGCCUUACUGGAAAUGCACAAACUUGUGCGUGUGUGGCGUUUACCAGCUCUCGCAUCCAAUCUCGACGAUCUCUACGCUAGACAUUUCGAGUCUCUCAAACUGACCAAAAUGCUUGGAUUCACACUGCUUUUAACACAUUUCGUGGCUUGUGGUCGUUUUAGCUUUGGUUACAGUCAUCCGGCACCGGGUGAAGAACCGAAUCACUGGCUGCCUCACGCACCGCAUGAAGGACACCACAGUGCACGUAGACAGUAUCUAAUGUCGCUCUUCUGGGCGUUCGGACUACUCACCGGAGGGUUCGAAGGCGAACUGCCUCAUCAUAAUGCCGAGUUUGCGUUCACAAUUGUCGUGGGGUUAUGCGGUUUUACGUUGUUUACGUCGUUAUGUGCCACUUUUUUCUUGCUUUCCAAGUGUGAAAGUGGCGACGCGGAGCUGGCAGAGGCGCGUGUGCACCAGUUCCAGCACAUUUUGGCUUUCCACAGAGUUCCAGUGCAACUACAGGCACAAGCUGUUGACUAUCUGCAGCGAUAUCACACCCAAGCUGAGGCUAAUGACCGAGAAGCUGCACGUCGACUGUGUCCCUCGAUCUCAGUGGAUAUCCAAGUGGAACUCCUGGAAGCCACAGUCGCGUUAGUACCGGUUUUUGCAAGCUGUGAUACGCAGUUUAUUCGAGCUGUGGCUCGACUUCUGGAGUUAAUCGCAUUGCCGGCGCGGACUCCUCUAUUCCGUGCAGGCGAUCACGGAGAUGCCAUGUACAUUGUGCACACAGGAGUGCUGCAUACGGUCGUGGGAGGUGUGAAAGUGCGAGAAUUGCGUAAAGGGAACUUUGUGGGCGAGGUUGCAGUAUUUGCUCGACAGCCACGCACGGCUACAGUCAUCACAGCUACGUACUGCACGCUGUAUCGACUUUCCAGGGUCCAUGCUGAUAAACUCCUGGAAGGAUACCCACAAUACGCUCAAGUGAUCAACCAGACUGUAGCUGAAAUGCUCCAGAAAAGCAGCACCACCGCAGUUGAGCCGAUCGGGAAUGACUCGGAUAAUCUCCAAGUCGACAAUUCCAGAUCUGAGAGGGAACCCAAAACGAGAGGAAUGUUGUCGUUUGCGCAGCUCGUUCGGAUCAAGCAACUUCUACACACACGCGUUCUUGCUAGAAAAACCAGAAACCAAGUGAUUGAUGAAGCAGCUAAACAAAAGGUUUGGGCAGCACCACCUUCCCCAUCCCAAGAAACCAGAGAGGAGUCAAAACCUGCCGUCGAACAUCUCCACUCUCCACCACUAGAAGUUCGAGGAGCUGCCAUUGCGCCUGAAACUUCGACGGCCCCGCGACACUCGCUUUCAUUACUACAAAGCUUCCACAGUACUAGCUUUCGCAGCGAUAGCGCCCUGUCGUCACGGACGCGAUCAAAGAACGAAUCGCACUCCAAAGUUUUCCCCAUGUCUCCUCAAGGCACAUCGAGUAUUACAGUGUUGCCAACUGAGCAGUCAACAAGACGCAACAGCCGACGGAUUUCAUUUCUUGCCGGCGGGUUGAACAGACUGACAACACUUCGAGACAAUUUCUUUCACGAUAACGCAGUAAGACCGUCCGACGCCAUCCAGGGUUUUUACGAUCGGAUUCCCCACCUUGCCGUGUCUUCAAAGCCCCGUUAUCACUGGUGGCACCGCUUCCUAAUGGAGCGUGGACUGGAUGCUGAGUCAAACUGGAGGAUGGUGUGGAUUGCUUUGGUGACAGCAGUAAACUGCUACAAUUGGGUGCUUGUUCCACUGCUGCUUUCCUUCUCAGCUCUCGAUGGACUGUGGACACGUUGGUAUCUCAUCAUGCUCAACCUUAUCGCUGACUUCGUGCUCUGGAUAGACAUCUACAUUAAUUUGCACUUGUCAUUCACAGUCAAUUCUGAAAAAAUCUUAGAACCAACAAGGACCGCCGAGCGCUAUGUGUAUAGUGGGAAACUGUUUGUUGAUCUGUGCUGCGCGUGGCCGUAUUGGAUAUUUAUCCCAAGAAAAUUCACACACCCAGUGGUACGAGUUCCCAGACUUAUCAGUGGGUAUCGAAUGCGAGGGUUUAUUGGUGAAGCUGCAGCGUAUUUUCACCUGAGUAGUAAGCAUAAGCUAUUGCUACUUGGAGUGCUCUUCUUGAUGCUGUAUCAUAUCGUUGCGUGCUUGUAUUUUAGCACCACAUAUAUCGAUGGCUACAGCACGGGCGAAAACCAAUGGCUUCCUUCUGAAGAUGUGUAUCUCCAGCGUUUGAAUGCAACGCAUUUCCAGACAAUUUCAGGAAUUAUUCUAGCUGCCGACAGUGACCAUGUGCAAGCAAUUCGAGCAGAGCAGUAUUUUCGAUCGUUGUACUACGCAGCAAACGUUUUGGCUGCAGUUGGUCGUAUGGUUGAACCCAGUAGUGAUACAGAAUACGGCGCUGCUUUGAUCUUCAUGCUAAGUGGGUUCUUCAUCACUGCUAUCGUCGUGGAUCAUGUGCAAAAAGGCUUCACUGCGUCAGCUCUGGAGGAAAAGGAGUUUUUUGCAGCUCGAGCUCGAUUUCAGCGCUUCCUGAAGAGACAGAAUGCUCCGUUGUCGAUUCAUGUUCGAGUGAACUCGUUUCUGGAUUUCUGGUGGUCAGCACACCGCGGUGCAAUUAUCGACGAGUUAUUGGAGGAUCUGCCCGCCGCCAUCAAGCGCGAUGUCGUCCACAGUAUCUGUACUCCAGCAAUGGACUCGUUAGAAAUUCUCUGUUCAAGUGCUACCGUCCCAAAUAAUGCAGAAGCUGAUGGAACCACUACUAAAAAAGAAUCAUCAGCAUUACUGGAGCAGAUAGAUGAGAUUUUUCUGGAUAACCUGAAGUUUGUCCUCUACGGACAAGGUGAGAUUAUAUACCGUCGUGGAGAUUACGCCGCUGGGUUAUUCUUUCUGCUGGAAGGUAAAGUGUCGGUAGUUCUCGACGGUGAAGCACCACGACACGUUCCGCUUGGAGGCUUCUUUGGGACGGCUGCACUGCAGUCAUCAGCUCGGGACAGACGGGAGACUAGACGACGCUCAAACGUGGAUGUGUUUGCGGGUAUCGGAUACGCUGAGCGAGUGACUGCUGUGAGUGGCUGCAUUGUCGUGUAUAUUUUACGCGAACAUCUUCAAGCGAUGCAGAAUAUUUUACCAUCUUUGCCUGAGAAUUUGCGCAAGUUAGAACAACGUUUCCAUGAUGCUCGUGUAACGCGGUCAGCGGAUUUACGGGCGCUACAACCGCGCGUCCCUCUUGGCGCUAUCGGGCUGAAUAACCCAACGAUGCGUGGUGCGCUACGUCGCAAACAAAUGACGGGUCUCGUGCAAGUUCUAGCGAAGAAUCUGGACUGGUGGCAGCGAGGAACUGCGAUAGACCCCGACUGGCCUUUCGUGGGCAUUUGGGAGGCAACAAUGUUGAUGGCAUCGACUGUGCAGGGAACAUUGGUGGUGUUUUACAUUUGUUUCGGUGCCAUUGAGAGUUCCAAUGGCCGAGCCUUUGCUGAUGCAGUUACGAUCACAUUGGAACUCCUUUUUGUGCUAGACGUCUACUUACACUUCCGCUUGGGAUUUUACGAAUAUGGCAACAAGGUCAUGGAUCUAGCGGUUAUUCAGAAACGAUAUCUUCGCUCAAUGCACUUCGCAAUUGACAUGGCAGCUCUCGUACCGCUGUUCAUAGUGAACUGGUCGCUACCGUCGCGAAAACUGGAAAUACUCAAUGUCAAUAAAAUGUUGCGGUAUCUUAAAGGUUCUAGUCAAUUUCGCACGCUGGAGACAAAAUACGUGAAGCUCACGACGGAACUUCGACUCCUCAAGCUCGUUUACUAUUCGUUUCUCGCUUCGCACAUGUUUGGAUGCAUCUGGUUUGAUUUCGCUGCUCACAAGUCUGGGGUUCAUAUCGUUAUGAGUGGCUCUACCGAUACGUCGACGCCAUCUUUCGGAGCUAGUGUUUGGGGGCCCUAUAACUCAUUAGAGUCGGCAGCGCGUGGUCUGCAGUAUCUUGCAUCGAUUUUCUGGGCUUACGGGUUGAUGUCGAACUCGAGUCAAGGUGAACUACCGAAGACUGUAGGGGAAUGUCUAUUUAGUGUCAUCACCAUGACAACGGGCUUCUUUCUCUUUGCCUACGUGGUCGGUCACAUCUCGGAUGUGAUUGAGUUGCAAGACUCUGAGAAUCGCCACUUUGUUGCCAAACUCAGUUCAUUACGACAGCUUCUUCGCCACUUUGACUUACCACCGAGGGUUGAGGAGAAAUUCAAGAAGUACUUCUUCUUCAAACGUUUCCAUUCUAUUACGCAGGAGCAUGUGCUGGAGCGGGUGUUACCACCGUCACUAGUUGUCGAUAUGCGUAUGUUCCAGUUGCAACCGAUGAUUGUGAAGGUGGCAUUUCUUGUCGGCAUGGAGGAUUCGGUCACACGGAUGCUCGUUUCGCUCUUCACUCAAGUUUUGUAUGUCAAGGACGAAUUUAUUUGCCAUUUUGGCGAGGAGGGAAGUGAAAUGUUUUUUAUUUACACUGGCGUACUGGACAUUUACAUUCCGUUCCUGUCGCCAUCUACGCACCCCGCAUUUUUCCCGACUUCCGCUACAGGUGGGCGUGUGAGCUUGAGUGGUCUGCGCAAAGUGAACGAAAUUACAGCUGGGAGCUACUUUGGCGAGGCCGCACUGUUCACCAACACCCCUCGCAAUGCGUACGUGAGAGCAAACACGUCGUGCAUCCUCUAUAAACUCUCUCGACACUCCCUUGAGUUGGUGUUUCUACGCUACCCUGAAUGGCAGCAGAAGGUUUUGCGAAUUGUUAAAAUCCAGCAACAACAACAGCGACUUCAACGUCUUGCCUAUGAAGCACAAGCUCCUGAUGCAGGAGGUGGAGGUCGACGUCGUGGAGCCAAACGUACAGAGUCCAGUAUGGACCUCGUGAAUUCUAAAGCAGAGAAUAUCGAGCAACUUCUUCUUAGUCAUCGCAGAGCGGUCAAGGGAGCUGAGAAUGCACCUCAUCGGAUAAAAUCCUGGAUAAUUCGACAGUGGCAAAAGUUUCAAGUUUUAAACCCCGUUGUUCGCUGGAUAAUCCCACCGCUGCGGACUGUGCAAGGAAUUGGUAAGCAACUGGCUCAUGGAUCUGAAAUUCAGAGUCCAUUUUAUCUCCAAUGGAUGAGACUAGUAUCUAUCUGUACGGUGUACGUGGCCGUCAUGGUACCGUAUCGUCUAACCUACGAUUCUCUGGACCGGUGGAACGUCAUCCCUAUUUGCUUACGUGUGUUUGAAGCUUUGUGUGAAGUGGUUUUCUGGAUCGACAUUUGGUUUCAAUUUCACAUGCGUACUAAUCAAGCGGCCAUGGAACUCUACGAACAAGAUCAACUCGUGGGAUACAAACGCGAACGUCUUGCUUUUGACCUUGCCGCAACUUUCCCUCUGGAUCACUUUGUCACGAGCUUUGUGAGUGGCUCCAACCGCUUGAUGCUGUGGAAAUGGCUUCGACUCAAUCGCUGUCUAAAAGUGGCGAACCUAGUGUACUACCGGAACGAAAUCACGAGACGCAGCGUGUCAUACGAGAUUAAUCGUGCACAAACACUGUGGCUGUUGUAUCUGUUGGCCAUGUUCUGGACAUCCUGUGCCUAUUUUGCCGUAUCAAUUUACGAUGGCUUCGGCACAGAGUGGCAGAAUUGGUUACCAUCCUCUAGUCUUAUUGCAGAAGACCCAUCCUCUGAUCUGUUGAUGCUAAGACUGUUUCGAGGGCUGGCCUUUGCAGUCACUGCAUUUGUCAAGAAAAGCAGAACAUUUGUGCCAGCGUCACAGAUUAACUUCGCGUUUGCGAUCGUAAUCUCGUUCAUCGGUCAACUCGUUAUGGCCCUCAUGAUUGCCGAAAUGGCCAACAUUUUUCUGCUCUACAUCGAUAACGAGGUGCAGUUCCGCAAGAACCACCUCGUAGUCGAACGCUCGCUUGCUCGAUGGAAAGUCAGCACGACGUUAAAGCGACGAGCUGACAACUUUCUUACGUCUUGGUGGUCGUCUCACGCGGGCGUCGAUUACCAGCUCAUUUUUGACGAACUUCCUGCUAGUGUGCGCACCGAAGGGAUCCUAGCGAUCGUAAAGGAGCCACUCGGUUUAUUCGUACAUCACGUGUUUAGACCACUCCUUCAUGAGGGUGAGGGUGAAAUCAACAACAAAGAACAGAAAGCCGAAGAGACUGAAAAUCCCAGUCAGCCGAACUGUGGUGCUAAAUUUCAGUUAGGGAAUCUCACGUACGCAAUUGCCAAGUGUCUGCGCUUUGAAGGAUACCCACGAGGUGAAAAUGUCAUCGUGGAAGGAAGCGUCUGCAAGGCCAUGUAUUUCGUAGUUCGAGGCUAUCUGCUGUCGAAGAGUGUGUCGAAUUCUGAAAUGUAUCCGGUUAGUCGCUUUCGAGGUGGGGACUAUUUCGGUGAAAAUGGUCUUUUGGGACAUUCUGUUAGUCUGAUGACAGUGACCACCAUGCGUGCUUGCGACCUGUUUGUAUUGAACUCGGAUCACUUACUUCAGGUUCUGCAGUCGCACUCAUACUUCAGCUUGGUGCUGGCUACUGCACAACUAGCCGUUAGUCAGAAGAAGACGACUGCUGAAUUUGUGGCGGAUUGGUUGAGAAGCGAUGACGAGGAGGAGGAUAUGGAGAGUAGCGACAGCAGUGACGAUGACAGUGAUGGCGAUGAGAGUAAGAGUGAGAGUGGGAGCGAACAGGACCAGGUAUCUCAAGAAGUUAAGCUGAGGCACAGAAGUCAACAACUCAAACGAGCACUACAAGGAGCAUCGCAGGAAACGAUGAAACUUUGGGUGGAAACAUUUGCAUUGUUCAUGGAGAUGCUGGUACCGAAGGGAAGCAUGGAGACUAAAACUCUAAUCUCAUAAAGAUAAAGACCUUUUAGACUGAUGUCAACGGAGCCUCAUUCGGAUUCGGUGCGGCCGAAGAAACCUAUCGUAUGCCUGUGCUUUGACAUCCGCGGGGCGAAGGUGUUGCUUUUGUAACUCUGUUGCCCAAGAGUAUGGCCGAUCCAGUGCGAGCCGCUACGAUGCGAAUCAUCAAGGCUUACUACUUAAACACCCCAUACUUAACCAGCACUGCUUCACAAAUAGCAGUUAGUCCGACGAAGACGACGGUCAUUGAGACUAUGGCUAAAGCGAUGACGCUAAGCUGGGUUUUACAAGAAACCAAUGUGACUUUAGCAAAUGCAUCGAACGAAUGACUAGGACUUCUAAGGACUUCGCCGUGCGUUAGUUUUUCAAUAAAUAACGUUGCCAAGUAAUUUGGCGUUUGAGCAGAA